AUGUAAAGCAGAAUCAGAAUAAUAUCUUAGAACAAUCAAACCAAUGAUGAAACAAUUUCUUAUAAUGAAUAAAAUGAUUUUAGUGUUGUAUGUUUGGGCAAAGCUUCAUAAGAGUAAAUGCAGGGGGAAAAAUAUAUAGAACCAGAAAAUGAUUUUCGGCAAUUUACUGAUUAUCAGAACUCUUCUAAGUCUUGGAAAGAUGAUAAAUUUCAACAAUAGUAGAUUUUGAAUCAACCUUAAGCUUAAGAUGGUUCUAUGCAAUUUAAGCAAAUAUAAGUAGAUAAUCAAAGCAAUUAAAAUUCUGGAGCAAUACUUAUGGAGACGAGUUACAAUCAAUAUUCAGAUAAACUUCCUGAUUAUAUCUCUCAUUAUGAUUGUCAAAUAUCCAAUACUCAAUCCUAAUAAUUAGACUAAAUGAAUCCUUAAUAUGGAGAUUAUGGAGCUGUUGAAAACGUACUUGUUUAAAAUUACACUUUUGAUGAAGAGACUAAUCAACUCCAAGAAUUAGAUAUUUUUUAAAGAUAUUACAACAAUGAAAAAUGUUCCUAUUUGCUACCAAUUACUUAAAUUUAAGCAAUUUAAUUGGAAGAAGAUGGGGUAAAGUAUUAUUCUAUCUAGAUGAUUGACUAUAGCCAAAAUAAUUUAUGGGAUUCAGAUGAAGAUAUAAUUGAAAAUAAUUCAUAGGAAAUUAUCAACCAAGAGAAUGUAAAAAUCAAAAAGAAAAAAACUAAAAGGGGAAAUCGAAAAAAUAAGAAUAAGAAAAAAAACGAGGCCCAAUAAGAACACCAAAAACAAAAUGAGUAAGAGAGUGAAGAGGAGUAAGUUGAUCCAGAAAGUACCAAUCAAUUUGAUAAUGGAAAUAUUGAAUAACUUGAUGAUGCUGUAAGUGAGGAAUUUAGAAUUAACAUUACAAGUUUUUUGGAACAAAUUGAAAAGUCUAAAAUAAGUUUAACUUAAACUAUGUAUGGGAAUAAGGACAAGUCUAUUAAAAUAAUUGAAAUCAAUAAUUACUAAAAUCAAAUUUAAAGGUUGUGCAAUCAAUUUUCUUAUCUUAAAUACUCUCAAAUUGCAUUGUCAUUAUUGUUGAUAGUCGACUUUUAAAAUUGUGAAAAGUUUCUAUAAAGUGUGAAACCUAAAGAAGAAAAACUUAUCAUAAGAGAAAUCAAUCAAUUAAUUGAAGAAGAAUAAAAAGCUAGAGAGAGCUAAGACAAAGCUGAAUUAACUAAAACAAAUAUCAAAAUAGAGGAAUUUAAAAAGGUUAACAAAAUUCAAAAUGUUGAAGGACAAUCAUUAUAUUAAACAGCCAUCAAAAUCAUCGAUAUACAGAACUUAAAAUUCGAUAUUAAAAAAUGUGAUUAACAAACUAAAUAACAAAAAAAAGCUGAUUUCGAAUAAAAUCGUGAUCGAGUUAUUGCCAUCUAUGAUCAAAAGGCUAAAGUAAUAAAACAAUAUUAAACUUGCCAUAUUAAUGAAUUGUAAUGUAAUUAGCAAUUGUAAUAAAUAACAGUGGAGAAGAGAAAAUUAGAGAAAAUAGGUAAGCAGUUGUUCCUUGAUUUAAUGGUAAUUGAAAACGGGUUUUGCAGAAUUGAUUUUCAUAAGUUUUUUUCGGCUGAAAUUGAAAAUCUACUUGAUGGAGUGUUUGAGAAAAUCGAAUCGUACAAACUCUACAACAAAUAACAAAAACUAAAAUUAUAAAUAAUAGUCGGCAAAGGUUUACAUUCUAAAAAUUAAUAACCAAUCAUAGGUCCAAUUACAUAAUAGUAUUUAUAACAGUAUCUUGGACAAUAGAUCGAAAUUAUUGAAGGGAAAAUAGAUGUAAUAAUUUGA